UGGAGCUUUAAAAAGGUAAUAACUUCAUCAAUUUCAUUCAUAAAUGUGCCGGAAAAUCACAGGGAUACAGCCAGAAGGCAGAGGGAUCCGUGCACGUGUGUGUCAUGUCUGUAUGUUUCUGAUGGCCGAACCACCCCAGUCAUGUGACUGUUUUGUGUCUCUGCCGCCGGGUUCUAAAAAUGAUCAUGUGAUAUUUGCAAAGAAUUCUGACCGGCCGAGAGAUGAGGUGCAGGAAGUGGUUUACUAUCCUGCUGCCUCACAUGCCUCUGGGACCACAGUGGAGUGCACAUACAUCUCAAUCCCGCAAGUAGAGCACACCUAUGCGGUUGUGCUUAGCAGGCCUGCCUGGCUGUGGGGCGCUGAGAUGGGGGCCAAUGAACAUGGGGUGUGUAUUGGAAAUGAAGCGGUUUGGACUCGUGAACCUGUGAGUCCAGAGGAAGCUCUCUUGGGCAUGGACCUGGUGCGGUUGGCUCUGGAGCGGGGUGACAGUGCAUGGGCUGCUCUGCGUGUCAUCACUGAGCUGCUGGAGCAGCAUGGCCAGGGUGGGGCCUGCAGGGAGGACCCCGAACACUUCAGCUACCACAACACCUUCCUGCUUGCUGACCGCCAGGAGGCCUGGGUGCUGGAGACUGCCGGGAAACUGUGGGCCGCUCAGAAGAUCACAGAAGGAGUCAAGAACAUCUCUAACCAGCUGACGAUAGGCACGGAGAUCUCUGCUGAGCACCCAGAGCUGCGCAGUGUGGCCCAGUCUCAGGGCUGGUGGAAAGGGGAGGGGGAGUUCAGCUUCAGUGCUGCCUUUAGCCCAGACAAUCCCCCUGCUAGGAUGGAGCUGGCCAAGCAGCGCUAUAAAGGAGGCACAGCCCUGCUUCAGGAGCACGAUGGCUCUGUGACAGCAGAAGUGAUGAUGAGCAUCCUGAGGGACAAACCCAGCGGGAUCUGCAUGGACUCUGAAGGUUUCCGCACCACAGGUAGCAUGGUGUCCAUCCUCCCACGAGACACCAGUAUGCCCUGUGUCCACUUCUUCACUGCCACACCUGACCCUUCCAGGUCUGUUUUCAAGCCAUUUAUCUUCUCGGAGAGCAUGAAUCCGGUCACUAUGGUGGUGUCUCCACAGUAUGGUCCAGACGAUCCUGUGAGGACACAGCCUCGAUUCCAGCACAAGGUGGACAGAAAGCAUGAGCUUUACAAAGCCCACCAGGCAGCGCUGGCUACCAUGGAGGCAAAUCUGGAUGCUGGAGCUUCUCUACAGGAGACUAUGCGGUUCUUGGAGUCGCAGUGUCUGCAGGAGAUUGAAGCUAUGCUCAGAGGGGAGGUGGAGGGCCAGGAGCUCGGUGACCUAUUCUUUGACUGUGUGGACACAGAGAUAAAGUUUUACCAGUGAGAGACAGCAGCUGUCUUGUGAAUGUCGCUAGUGCUUGCUGAUCUGCCUGAAGAGGGACGGACCCCAGAGCGCAGGUUCCUGUCUGCUCCCAUCCACCUCUCUUAGUUCCCCUGACGCCAUGCAACACAUUGUGAUGUCCAUGCCACGUAAACUUUAACUGUAUAAAACAGAAACUAGAUGUUCAUGUGAGUUGAGCACCAUAAUCAUGUGUAAUUGUCACACAGGGCAGUGGUAUACGCACCACAUUAAUGAGUAAGUGAUAGAUUACUAAGGCGUGUAUGUAGAGCUGUGUGAGAAGUUCAGUGGAGAAACACUCUGAUCAUUCCUGUGUACAUGCAUGAGGGUUCAGCUGCCUGGCUGAUCCUCUGAGGAGGAAGUCAAUAAAGGUUUAAUAACUGCUA